UGAUGCUGCAAAGCCGCCCGCCUUUCCCGGUGGGGACCAUGAGGAGCGCUGAGCGGGAAGAAGAGUGGAGAGGCUACGCUUAGCUUGGCCGACCCCGGUUAGCUAGCGAGCCUGACUAUGGCUGGGGGAAGGAGAGGGCUGGUGGCUCCACAGAACACCUUCCUGGAGAAUAUCGUGCGGAGGUCCAACGAUACAAAUUUUGUCCUGGGUAAUGCGCAGAUAGUGGAUUGGCCCGUUGUAUAUAGCAACGAUGGAUUCUGCAAGCUGUCAGGAUACCACCGAGCAGAAGUUAUGCAAAAGAGCAGCACCUGCAGUUUCAUGUAUGGAGAGCUGACAGAUAAAGACACAAUUGAUAAGGUUCGGCAAACAUUUGAGAACUAUGAGGUGAACUCAUUUGAAAUCUUGAUGUACAAGAAAAAUAGGACUCCUGUUUGGUUCUUUGUGAAAAUUGCUCCAAUUCGAAAUGAACAAGACAAAGUUGUUUUGUUUCUUUGCACUUUCAGUGACAUCACAGCUUUCAAACAACCUAUUGAGGAUGACUCAUGCAAAGGUUGGGGAAAGUUUGCUCGUUUGACACGUGCACUAACAAGCAGCCGAGGUGUCCUGCAGCAGCUUGCUCCCAGUGUACAGAAAGGAGAGAAUGUUCAUAAGCACUCCCGUCUAGCAGAGGUUUUGCAGCUGGGCUCUGAAAUCCUCCCACAAUACAAGCAAGAAGCACCAAAGACCCCACCACAUAUCAUUUUACAUUAUUGUGUUUUCAAGACUACUUGGGAUUGGGUGAUUCUGAUUUUAACUUUCUACACUGCAAUUUUAGUCCCUUACAACGUCUCAUUUAAAACCAAACAGAACAAUGUGGCCUGGCUGGUAGUGGACAGCAUCGUAGAUGUCAUUUUUUUGGUAGACAUUGUGCUUAAUUUUCACACCACAUUUGUUGGGCCUGCUGGAGAGGUGAUCUCUGAUCCAAAGCUGAUCCGAAUGAAUUACUUGAAGACCUGGUUUGUAAUUGACCUGCUCUCCUGUUUGCCGUAUGAUGUGAUCAAUGCAUUUGAGAAUGUUGAUGAGGGCAUCAGUAGCCUGUUCAGUUCCCUUAAAGUAGUCAGGCUGCUUCGACUGGGUCGUGUGGCUCGAAAAUUGGAUCACUAUAUUGAAUAUGGAGCAGCUGUCUUGGUUCUUUUGGUGUGUGUCUUUGGUCUUGCAGCCCAUUGGUUGGCCUGCAUUUGGUACAGUAUUGGGGACUAUGAAGUUAUCAAUGAGGAUAAAAACACAAUACGAAAUGAAAGCUGGCUCUACCAACUAGGGGAAUCCAUAGGAUCGCCCUAUCAAUUGAACACAACAACUGGAAAAUGGGAAGGUGGACCAAGCAAGGAUUCUGUUUAUAUCUCUUCAUUAUACUUUACAAUGACUAGUCUGACAAGUGUUGGAUUUGGGAACAUUGCACCAACAACAGAUGGAGAGAAGAUAUUUGCUGUUGCUAUGAUGAUGAUUGGCUCUCUGUUAUACGCAACCAUUUUUGGGAAUGUGACAACUAUCUUCCAGCAAAUGUAUGCUAAUACAAACCGAUAUCAUGAAAUGCUAAACAGUGUCCGGGAUUUCCUGAAGCUUUAUCAAGUGCCCAAAGGCUUGAGUGAACGUGUGAUGGACUACAUUGUUUCUACCUGGUCAAUGUCCAGGGGCAUUGAUACUGAAAAGGUUUUACAGAUCUGUCCUAAGGACAUGAGAGCAGAUAUCUGUGUACAUCUGAAUCGAAAAGUUUUUAAAGAGCACCCAGCCUUCAGACUAGCUAGUGAUGGGUGCCUGCGAGCUCUUGCAAUGGAAUUUCAGACUGUGCACUGUGCUCCUGGAGAUCUCAUUUACCAUGCGGGUGAGAGCGUGGACAAUCUUUGCUUUGUGGUUUCAGGAUCCUUGGAAGUGAUCCAAGAUGAUGAAGUUGUUGCAAUUUUGGAUCUUUUUGUCCCCUAGGCAAAGGGGAUGUCUUUGGUGAUGUCUUCUGGAAAGAAACAACUCUUGCCCAGUCAUGUGCAAAUGUAAGGGCUUUGACUUACUGUGACCUUCAUGUAAUUAAAAGGGAUGCCUUACAGAAAGUGCUGGAG